AUGACGGCAAACAGAAUCUUCCGAUCUAUCAUCGCGCGAAUAACGUCGACAAUAGCGAUUCCUCGCACAGCGCAGGCGCGAAGCAGCUCCCCUAUCGCCGAGGAAAGCCUCGCAAGAUAUCGACUGGGAGGAUAUCAUGCUGUGAGGAUCGGGGAUCGACUCCAAGACGGUCACUACCAAGUAAUCUGCAAGCUCGGCUAUGGAGUCUACUCUACUGUAUGGCUGGUAAAAGAUUCGACGACGAAACGCCACGUUGCGCUCAAGAUCUUGACAGCAGAUGCAUAUUUCGGUGAGCAUGACACCUUCGAGCUUAGCAUCCUGGAGCAUAUCAAGAGUAUCAACGAACUACACCCGGGUGAAGCGCACGUCCUGGGACUCCUCGAUCACUUCAAGCAUGAGGGCCCUCACGGCAGUCAUCUAUGUCUGGUCUUCAAAGCAAUGGGACCAAGUCUCAUCGAGUACCGGCGACUAUUCCCCCUGCUCCGCAUACCAAUUCCUAUUCUGAAGAAGAUCGCGCGCCAAAUGUUACUCGCACUAUCAUUCCUGCACACGAAAUGCGGAAUCAUCCACACGGACAUCAAGCCGUCGAAUAUUCUGUUGGAAACAACACAAACCGACAAGUUCUUUGAGCGUGCGCCGUCCACAGUCUUCGAACCUUCUCCUUCAGCCAGAGACCCGCAACACGACUUCUACAUGAAAUCAGAACAGACAAUCCCUGCUAAUGAAGUUCUUGAGAGUGUUCCAUCACCACCUGGUUUCUCUGUGCGCAUCGCGGACUUCGGAACAGCAAGUUAUUUCGACAAGCACCUGACGGAUAACAUUCAGCCAGUAGGACUGCGAGCUCCUGAGGUGGUCCUUAGGGCAGAAUGGGAUUACAAGGUGGACAUCUGGAAUCUGGGAUGCCUUAUCUGGGAGCUUGCAGAAGGCGCAAUGCUCUUCGACGGCUGCGCGAGCCCGAAGACGCCAUACACUGCCGAUGCUCACCUAGCCCAAAUCCAAGGAGUCCUCGGGCCAAUGCCUCUCAACCUGAUCCGGCAGUGGGAGAAUGCGUCCAAAUACUACAAUGACAGCGGAGCUCUCCUGGUAGAGUCGCCCUUCCCACCUACCUCGUUCGCGGCUUUCAUCAACAGUCCGGAACUGCAAGACGAGGCUGAGCAGAAACAGUUCUUGGAAUUCAUAGGCUCAAUGCUCAAGUGGGAUCCGAAAGAAAGACUCGACGCCGACGGUUUGCUAAAGUCGGAGUGGCUUUGA